UGGGAAACGAGGGGGCGUGGCUCGCCCUUGGCCACUGGUGGCUGCGCGCUCCAUCCGGGAAGCAAGGGGCGGGGCUUCAGCCCUUUGCAAACCGGAGCUGGGCUGAGCACAGAGACGGCGACAGGAUGUCGGGGCCAAACGGAGAGCCGCACCUGAGCCUGGGGAGCGGCGAGGCGGAAGAUGAUAACGGCUUCGGCGAGGCAGAAUAUGCAGCUAUAAAUUCUAUGCUGGAUCAGAUCAAUUCUUGCUUGGAUCACCUGGAGGAAAAGAAUGACCACUUGCACGCCCGGUUGAAGGAGCUGUUGGAAUCCAACCGUCAGACACGCCUGGAGUUUCAACAGCAGCUGAGUGAAGGUGAAGGAGAGGCUGGCAUGCAGACCUGAACCAGACCCUUAAAUGUCCAUCUGCCUUCUACAGAACAGAAGGAGGCAUCAAUGCACAGCUGCUGCUUCCAGUGGGACCACUGCCAUUGGCUUAGUGUUAAAACUUUUAAUAGAAAAGGUGCUUUUGGUUUGUGUGUGUGUUAAACACUUCUUCCCUGCUUUCCUCUGGGUCUGUGAUCGUAAGUGCUACGUCGGUGAAGUUUUUAAGGCAUCCUGAGCUGCUUGUUUCCUCGCUUUUGCGGGUGGGAACUGGAUAGAUCUCUGUGAAUCAAAUGUUUACACUUUAACUUGUAGGGUCAGGAGUGGUGUUCUUUCUGGUUGAAUUGGAAGCUCUUAGGAAAAAUUUACAAUUUCCAAGGUUGCUAGUCCCUCUCGUUCUGUAUAGCCAGCCAGUUACAUGAUCAGAUGCGUGACAGUCUCUCCUUAGUGUUGACAGUAGUUGUUGGUUCUCAGAACUCUGCCUCUGACACACUUUUUUAAAAGUGAAAGACAGAAGAGGUAGCUGAUGAGCUUUCCCGGCUGGUAAUCUGAUCAUGUUGACAUGCCUACUGCCACAGUGCUUCCUGCCAUUAGUUUCAUCCACUUUGAUGAUGAUAAUCUUUGGAAGUGCACUGUGGAUUACGAUGUGGAGAUUUCUAAAUUCAGUACCCACCUAAACUGGCUAUCAUUUCAUUAUAGCCAGCAGAGAGUGGCUGGCACCUGUACAUUGUCAAGAUUGCGAAGAAUUCCUUUGUGAAAGCGAUUAACAGGUUUAAAACCAAUAAUUUAAAAUGGGAACAUGUCCUGUGACUCAUAUCCUACUUUCCAUGGUGGAAGGGACUUCUGAUUUAAAAAAUGCUGUUUCCUGUUCCUUCUUUUUUUUUUGGAAGCAAAACCUUUUAAAAAAAAAGUUCUUGAUGUGGAUACCAAGAUGUAAAGUGGAUCUGUUUCCUUGUCCCAUAGCAUCUCAUAAUCAACAACAAAAUCAAAUGUUGGAAAGUUACUAUUCCUGCAUUUGUUUUCAUUUUAUGGCAUGAUACCACUGCAGCUUUGUUUAUCCUCAUCCUGUGAGCCUUCUCGCACUUCCUCAAAACAGAAAAACACCCAGCCUGUUAUGCAACUGGAAACCGGGAGCCCACAAUAAAAGUUGGUUAGAUCUAGGUCUAAAUGCAGCCCACAAAGCAAGGUCAGUCUCUGCGGGAAGAAACUGAGCGUUGAAUGAAUAUAGUGGGAAGGGGCAUGAGAUCCAGGUGCAAAAGACCUGGGGGUUGUCUCCAAGCAAGUUCUACUGAGAGUAGACCCAUUGACGUUAAUGUACCUCUGUUAGUCAUCCCUAUCAGUUUCAGUGGGUCUCCUCUGAGAAGGGCUAACAUUGGAUGCAGGCCCUGGGUCUCAACCUCUGAGACACCCCCUAACAGCACUCGUUUCCUUAGCAACGGGACUCAGUAACAACACAUGUGCAGUGUUUCCAAAAUGCAAAACGUAGGAAGCCUUGAGUCACAUGUGUGGUCCAUCUAGCUUAGUCUUGUCAACGGUGACUCUGGGGACGUUCUCCAGGGUUUCAGGCAGAGAAUAUUCCUUAGUCCUAUCUGGAGAUGCCAGGGAUUGAACCUGGGACCUUCUGCAUGCAAAGCAGCUACUCUAACCACUGAGCUACAGCCCUUCCCUAAAAAGAUUUGAAACAGGCUAUGCAGGUCUUUACCAUCAGUAUGUAACAUGCAGCCAAUGUGCAGCGUAGCAUUCUUCCAAACAAACAAAAAAGCAAGUCCCACUGAAUUCAGUGGCGUAGGGUGGGGUAAUGAGCUGACUCUGGUUGACUUUUUCUUCUUACUAAGAACUUGCUCAAUCAAUUGCAUCUUUAACUUUUUCAAAGCUACUUGCUGUCUCUUGACAUCGCUAAUCUGCCAAAGCGGGCAUGCCGAUUUAAAUUGUGCCACUUUCACUGAUAAAGGGGGAAAGGUCAGUUUAAAUCAUUGGUUUUUAAAUUGUUUCCUAUUUAUUCUUAUUUCCCUAAACCAGGGGUUCCCAGUUUUUUUCCCCCAUGGACCACUUGAAAAUUGCUGAUGGUCCUGGCAGACCACUUUAAUGGUUUUUCUGCCUGUUGUAGCCAUUGCAACGCACUGUGCUAGAUACUGUGUAAUUUUUAAAAGUAAUUCUAUUCCUUCUUUUUUUCUUAAAUUGUAUAUUAUUGUAUUACAAUUUGCAUUCCAUAGAAUUCAAAUUGUAAUACAAUAAAAUACAAUAUAAGAAAUGAAGCAAUAGGAAUUCAAUUAAAAAUAAAAAAUGUUUAUUUAAUGUGGGCAUGAAGCUCACGGACCACUGGUGGUCUACAGACCAGUUUGGGAGCCUCUACCCUAAACAAUGGUGCAAAUGUGACCAUUAAACCAUGUUAAAUUUACAACUUGUUUCAUUCUUAUAUCCAAGCUUUGCAUCUUUGUCAGACUAUAUAAUGUGCAUGCUUUCCUUUUUUUUUUUUUACCUAUAGAGGAAAAGUCUUUAUAAAAUAUUACUACAUAGCAGCCUUCCCCAACCUGAUACCCCAGAUAUUUUGCACUACAGCACCCAUAGGCCUCAGCUGGCAUGGACAAUGCCCAGGGACAACAGCAAUUAGUCCAAGCAACAACUGGAAGGCCACAGGUUUCCCACCACACUGACAAAAUAUUGAUGCAAUGCAGAGAUUAACUGUAAGGCUAACGUGCCUUUAUUUCCAUUAUUUAAUAUUAAACGACUUAUUCUUUGAUAAACUAAAAAAAAUCCAACCUAAAUGUUAAAAAUCAUUUAAGAAAAGAUUUGUGUUCAGUCUAUGUGAUGUCACAUUUGUAUCCUUAAGUGCUACCAUGCUGGUUCAAUCAAGGUCCACCCAAGCCCAGUAUCAUGGCCCCAGAGCAGUACUCUUUGGCAACUGCAGUUCUAAGGUAGAGAUGCAUUCACAGCUUGGUCUACCCCAUAUGAGUACAAGAGCAAUAGAGCCUGCCUCCCCUGAACCCUGAGGAGACAUCUUUGUUGCCAGGCUCAGGCUAAUCCACACAAUACUUGGGAGAUCAAGAGAACGCUGAGGAGAUAUCUCCACAGACGGGAACCCCAUCACCUCAAAAAACCCAACAGCUACAGAAGAAGGCACGAGUCCUUUACGUGACUGGGAGGCAGCACUGGGGGGAUGCAGCCUCCAGCAAAUGACCAUCUAGCCUUGAUAUAAACUCAGCCAGUUGCUCAAGGACAUUGCUGAGACAACUUGGAUGUUGGACCGCAGCAGUAGUAAUGUCCAUGGUCCUGAAUCCCCACCUUGAUUUCCCUCGAAGGUGCUGAUUUGUCUAGCUAGCCUGCCAGCGUGCCUGGGAAACCAGGAACUACCAACCUCCCCUUGCUUGGGCUGUCAUCUCUCCUGGAUGGUGGGCACCCUCGUGGGUCACAACACCCAGUACUCUUUGCAAUAAUCCUGGAAGAAUCUAAGAACUUGGGUGGUGGCCCCCUAGGUGGAUCGCCAUGGAUCUCCUUCUGCAAUAGGGCUUACUCUGUAGUAAGUGUGCUUAGGACUGCAGCCUUAGUCAGCUGAAUAAAGACAUUACCAUGUUUUUAAUCUUU